AUGAAAAUUUUAUUGUUCUUAAUUAUAUUCACAUCAGUUUAUUGCUAUCCACAAAAUGGAAUUUAUGUAGGAUUAAAGCACAUCAGCAAGUUUAAUGGGAUAUCAAGUGAAGGUGUUGAGUAUGUAAAGAAUUAUUACAUCUCUCAAUAUCUAAAGACGACAGCAGUUAAUGCUAGAAGUGCUUGCAAAAGUUAUUCUAAAGACAUGGAUUUGGUAGCAUUAGAGACACGUGAGGAAUUUAUGAAAAUAAGAACAAAAUUAAGUGCUGUAAUCGGACAGGAUCCAGUAAUUGUUGGCGGUUUUGCACACAAGUUAAAUAAUAAAUUUGAUUAUUAUUGGAUAUCAUCAUCAACGAAGAUUGACUAUACAUAUGAUGCAUCAAGAGGGGAAAAUUGUUUAGCAUUGCAAAAUGAAGGUGCUAUCGGGUACAUUCGAAUUAACUGCGAUGGAAGUCAUUUAUUUAUCUGUCAAGAUGUAGAAUAUCAAUAUGCAAACUAA